AUGUGUGAGGUCAUUCCAAAUCCAGGAUCGAAGAAAGUUGUCUUCAGGUUUCGAUCAGUUAAUAGCAUGGUGAUUCUGGCUGCUAGGACAGCAUGGAAGAACAGACCUAAAAGCCAAGAGUCACCAUCAACAGAGGCCAUUUCUGGUGACGGAUUACCCAGCAGCAUGAACCUGGAAAGAUACACAAUGGGUGAUUCCUGGCGUUCUACCGUAGCAGAUGACUGGAAAUCUGAGAAUGAAUCAGAAAAGCAGAAGAGGUACAGUGUUAGUGUGGGGCCAGUGGAAUAUGAACAAGGGCAACUAGUGACCCCGGAUGGGGAUUGGGAAAAUGCUGAAGUUGUGGGGAAAUGCAGCUUCAAUUCCGACUUUGUUUCUUCACAGAGAUUUCUUAUCAAAGAACAUUUUCAUCAAACUGACUCAGGAGUUCACAGUUUACAGUAUAAUUUUGUUUUACAGAAUCAUCAGGAAAUCUUGGUAGAAAAGAAACCUUGUAAAGGCAAUCCAUGUGGAAAAGUCCUGGAAAAAUUGUGUAAGUUGAAUGAGCACGGUAAAUAUACCAACCAGAGCAUAUACUUUUCUACACAUGAGAUAAUUAAUACUGGAGAAAAAUGUUACAGAUAUAAGGAAAGUGGGGAUUUCUUUACCCAUAGGUCACACCUCUCUCAGUUCAUGAGAACUCAUAGUAAGGAGAAAUCCUAUGAAUGUAAUGAAUGUUGGAAAGCCUUUAAGAAGCUUUCAUCUCUUUCUUAUCAUCUAAGAAAUCUCAGUAGAGAAAAAGCCUAUGAAUGUAAUGAAUGUGGGAAAUCUUUCUGGCAGAGUGUUCACCUCAUUUUGCACCAGAGAAUUCACACUGGUGAGAAACCUUAUAAAUGUAAUAAAUGUGGAAAAUCUUCUAGCCAAAAUUCUCACCUUAAUGUACAUCAGAGAACUCAUACUAGAGAGAAUCCCUAUAAAUGUGAUGAAUGUAGAAAAUCCUUCAGUGGACGGUGUAAUCUUAAUGUGCACAAGAGAACACAUACUGGAGAGAAACCCUACAAAUGUAAUGAAUGUGGGAAGACUUACAGUUUUCAUUUAUCCUUCACUCAACAUAAGAGAGCACACACUGGAGAGAAACCGUAUGAAUAUCAUCAGUGUGGGAAAGCUUUCGAUCAAGGUUCUAACUUUAUUGGGCACCAAAGAACUCAUAUGAGGGGGAGGAAAUUACACAUUGCACUUUAA